AGAGAACCAAGUAGACAGUGUGACUACCUGGCUGCUGGGUUUCGCACAGUACAUUCCACAGAGUCCGUCUCAGAAUUAAUAUGAACAGAAACUUUGGGUGCGGGUCCGGCAACUCGAAGACCACCCAUUACGAACGCACGGAGGUCGUGCGAGGAGGCCGUAAUAAUGCAUGCGAUGGCGGAUACUCCUACAGCUAUUCCCAGUCCUCUGGAGGCGGCAUGGGAGGCGGAAUGUCAGGCGGAAUGGUGAGCGGUAUGGGAGUCAGAAUGGGAGGCGGUAUGGGAGUCGGAAUGUUGAGCGGCAUGGGAGGUGGAAUGUCAGGUGGAAUGAUGAGCAGUUCGUCAAACAGAGUGAUGCACUCUUCGUCGAGCGGCAUGUCCGGCGGAAUGAUGAGCGGCGGAAUGAUGAGCAGCGGCCUGUCCGGCGGAAUGAUGAGAAGCGGCCUGUCCGGCGGAAUGAUGAGCAGCGGCCUGUCCGGCGGAAUGAUGAACAGCAGAAUGGGAGGCGGAAUGUCAAGCGGAAUGAUGCGCUGUUCGUCAAGUGGAAUGACGAGCGGUAUGUCAGGCGGAAUGGCGAGCGGUAUGUCAGGCGGAGUAAUGGCCUGCACAGGAGGCGGAAUGAGUGGCUCAAAUUCCUCCCACCAGAAAACCACUUUCAUGAAGUCUGAAUACACUCAUGAGUCUGGCUCCAACAACAGGGGAAUCUGCAAUUAUCCACUCUCACAGUUCCCACCCCAUAUGUAAUACUUUUAAUAAUGCACAUGCAGCUGAAGAAAAUGGAUGUGUUUCAGCUCUCGGCUUUCCUCAGCUUUUCUGAGACAUUUGUGGGUGUAACUUCUUUUAAACAACAACCAGUUGAUACAGAUCUUAAAAAUGCUUCAUCCUAAACUAGAUAUAGUACGCACAAUAACAAGCAAAACACUAUCGUAAGGUGAAACAUGAUUUUCGGUUCUGUUCGGUUCUGAAAUAAAUGCAGGUAUUUACAUUUAAACAACUGUCUUUGCAUAUGAUUAUUGUUUAUUUGAGUGUAAAAAUACUGUACAUGCAUUAAAAUAAAUGUACAAAUAUA